AAACUUCUGACCUUCCCGAUGCCAACAGACAGUUCCAUCCCUACGGUAGAUACUAACGGCUCGGCCAUCCGGACGAAGUAGAAUAAAACAUAGGAGAAAAAUCGUCUUUCAACAAAUUCUUCAAAAUGAAAACGUUUUCCCUGACGGUUGCCCUGUUCCUGGGAGUUCUGAGCGUCACGCUAGCACAACGCGAAACUUCGCUGCGGGUCAUUGAUGCGCUGCGUGAACUACAUCCCGCCUACAGGGAACUGCGCGACGUGGUUGUAAAUGCAGUGGCCGGUGCAAAGCUCAACAGCUCCGAGGUGGUGUACAAGUUCAACGUGGACAUUGCAUCACGCAAGGAAUCGUUCAUGCAGACGGCCAUUAAGGCGGAAGCGAACGUGUUGCGGCAGGUGAACGGACAAAGCAUCAGCGUCGAUACGAGCUGUCUUGGCUUUCUGCGCCAAAGUGUGGACGUUAACAUGAAUCUGGCCGGUGUUUCUUUCACCAACUGUCUCAACAACGUCGAUGCUUCACUUUCGACGGAAAUCACCCGCGUGUACAAUGAGCUGCAGGUGAACGAAACGUCCUUCGUGAAUCUGAGCGUGUACGAUGUGUUCCGCGGCCAGAACGUGUUCGUCAAUCCGCAAACGAUCGUUGAUCGAUUGGUGGAAAAGCUUUCCUCACUGCAGCAAGCUCCCGCUGAACUGACCGAACAGCUCUCCCAGCUGGUCGAUGCGUUCGAAGGACGUCUGGGAGAUGUACGAGCGGCGUACACUAGCUGUCUGACCAUGAACGAUCAGCUACUACAGACCACACUUAACACGGUACUGCAGCAGUUGCAGCAGAUCUGUUUAGGAGCGUUGCUACCAGCUGCGUCCACUGCCGAACCGACUGAAGCGACGGAAGAACCGGCACCAACUGAACCGGCCACAGAACCGGAGGUUGAGACAGAAUCGGAAACUGCACCAACGGAAGGGGAAGAAACGGAAGUUCCGACUGAGGUUCAACCGGAACCUUCUACACCAGGAGCGGUUUAUGCCAAUGUGUUGUAAGACAUGAUCAGUGCAUCGAAAGUUUGACUUGCUAAUAAAGAUGGUCUUAUUUUGUAAAUCAA